AUGAUCUCACACUCAAUAGCGACGACAAGCUCUUCGACCACUAGGACCACUUUGUCCACCAGCACACAGAUCGCAACAACACCUGCAACAACCACAACGACUGUUCCUUCUGGCUCUUAUUCGAAGGUUUCAGGCACUUUAUUCAACGUGGAUGGGAAAACCGGAUAUUUUGCUGGCACAAAUUCGUACUGGAUUGGGUUUCUAACAAACAAUGCCGAUGUGGACCUGGUUAUGUCCCAUCUGCAAACCAGCGGCUUGAAGAUCCUGCGGGUUUGGGGAUUUAAUGAUGUCAAUACUACCCCAGGAUCCGGAACUGUUUGGUAUCAGAGUCUUAGCGGCUCUACUCCUACGAUAAACACUGGCGCCAAUGGCCUCCAGCGUCUGGACUAUGUGGUCAAAUCUGCAGAAGCCCAUGGUAUCAAACUCAUCAUUAAUUUUGUUAACAAUUGGGAUGAUUAUGGAGGAAUCAAGGCAUAUACAAACUGCAAUACCGAUGUGAUCUACAAGUGGGCUGCUGAUACCUCGGCUUACAUCAAGUCACUCGAUUCUAAUCAUAUGGUGACUCUUGGGGACGAAGGGUUCAACCCGUCGGCCGGAGAUGGUAGUUACCCCUACCAAACCAGUGAAGGUGUCUCUUUUGUCAAGAACCUUGGUAUUUCAACUCUCGAUUUCGGAACCUACCACAUGUAUCCAUCUUCAUGGGGCGUUCCUGAGGCCACCUUCCCAACAGGUUGGAUUCAAUCUCACGCGGCUGCUUGCGCUGCUGCCAAGAAACCUUGCCUUUUCGAGGAAUAUGGGACGACCAACUCGCACUUGAUCGAAGCGAACUGGCAGAACACUACUUUGAACACCGCAGGUAACGGGGCAGACUUGUUUUGGCAAGAUGGUGAUAGCUUGAGCAGUGGGCAGUCUCCGAAUGAUGGUUACACGAUAUACUACGGAACAAGCGAAUGGAACACAUUGGUAACCCAGCAUGUACAAGCCAUUCGAGCAAAGUACCCGUAA